AAUCAAAUCAUAUCAAUAGCUGCAAUACGAUUUUAUUAUAAAUUAAAAUUUUAAUUUAUUCAACAAAUCAUAGUAAAUUAUUCGACUCAAUUUGAUUAAAAGCGGCUGGAGCGGUCUUAAAACUAUUUUAAUCAUCCCACUGCAUUGUUGUGGACCCAUAGUUGUGUGUUUAAGACAAUAUAUUAAGAUAGUGGAGUUCCGACCGCCAUGCCAGCAUCACUAUGUCCAAGAAACCAGUCAUGGUCGACCCUGAGAUCCAAGCUCUCACCGAGAUCUGGCUAACAGCCAUCGUGUCUCUAAUUUUCUGCCACCAAAUCGCCGCCCGGAUCCCCAGCGGCGCCGCCAGGCUCCUCUCUGUCCUCCCCGUCAUCUACCUCUUCCCCCCCCUCCCCCUCCGCCUCUCCUCCAUCCAUCUGGGCGGCCCCACCAUCUUCUACCUUGUUUGGCUCGGCAACUUCAAGCUCCUCCUCUUCUCUUUCAAUCAAGGCCCUCUCUCCGCCACUCCACCGCUGGCCCUCCUCCGUUUCAUCUCCGUCGGCCUCCUCCCCAUCAAAACCAAACAGACCCCAUCUCCCGAAUCCUCAUCGGAUCACAAACGUCCGAUUCUUCUUCCACUCAAAUGCGGCCUUCUAGCGGUGAUCGUCGCUUUAUACAAGUACAGGGAAUUUCUACACCCGUAUCUGAUCACAGCUCUGUAUUGCUGCCACGUCUACCUCGGCGUGGAGCUGAUACUCUCCAUUACAGCCCUGCCGGCGCGAGCCCUUCUUGGGGUGGAGCUGGAGCCGCAGUUCGACGAGCCGUAUUUAGCCACGUCGCUUCAAGAUUUCUGGGGCCGUAGGUGGAAUCUCAUGGUCACCAGCAUUCUACGCCCCACAGUAUACCACCCCGUACGCCGUAUCUCUACGCGUAUUCUCGGGAGGAGUAGUUGGGCGCUGGCACCGGCGAUCUUGGCGACUUUCUUGGUGUCGGGUCUCAUGCAUGAGGUGAUUUACUAUUACAUGUCACGUGCCAGCCCCACGUGGGAGGUAACGGGGUUCUUUGUUCUACACGGGGUUUGCGUGGCGGCGGAGGUGGCGUUGAAGAAAGCGGUGGGCGGGCGGUGGCAGCUGCACAGGGCGGUUUCGGGGACGCUGACGGUGGGGUUUGCGGUGGUGACAGGUGCUUGGCUGUUCUUCCCACAAGUGACUAGGAACGGUAUAGAUACGAGGGCAAUUAAUGAGUACUCAAUGAUAGCUCGAUUUAUAGCUGAAAGGGUGGGGCAUAAUUUAAUUAGUACCUCAUAAGUUGUAUGAAUUUUUGUAUCUACUUUCAAUGUCUGAAAGUGAUGGAAAUUUGAAUCCAUGGAACGUUUCUUUACUUUCAAA